UUAUCUCUCCCAUUGCAUGUAGUAUCCAAAGUGAACUUACAAAGUCUUUCAGUUUCUUUUUUCAGAGAACCUCUAUAAUUAGUGAACUCGCAACUCCUUGCUCUUUCUUUUACUUUAUUUUUUACUUCAAGAGAAGCACAGCUAAUUGACUUAAGGUUGCCUCAUGGCUCUAAAAGCACCCUCUACACUUCCUUCUUCUAUCUCCAUCUGCAAAGAGGGCAAGUCCAAUGUUUCUCUUAAGGAGGCAGGUUUCUUUGGAGUUUCAGUUUCACUUCCAAACCACCUCAAGGCUGAGUGCAAUUAUUCUCUAGUAAGGAGCAAGGAACUCAAGAAAAGGGCAACACCCACAGGAACAAUCAGAGCACAGACAGCUACAACAACUCCAGCAAUUGAUGAGGCGGCCCCAGUAGCAAAGAAAACAUUGAGAAAGGGCAAUGUGAUAGUCACUGGAGCUUCCUCCGGUUUGGGUCUGGCCACAGCGAAGGCUUUAGCAGAGACAGGGGAGUGGAACGUAAUCAUGGCCUGUAGGAACUUUCUUAAGGCUGAGAGGGCAGCUAAAUCAGUUGGCAUUCCUAAAGAGAACUACACUGUUAUGCAUCUUGACCUUGCCUCCCUUGAUAGCGUUAGACAGUUUGCAGGUAACUUUCGCCAGUCAGGAAUGCCACUCGAUGUGCUGGUGUGCAAUGCUGCUGUCUACUUCCCCAUUGCCAAGGAGCCUACUUUCACUGCUGAAGGAUUUGAACUCAGUGUUGGGACUAAUCAUCUUGGUCACUUCCUACUUGCACGGCUGCUGCUUGAUGAUUUGAAACAAUCAGACUACCCGUCCAAGCGGCUCAUCAUCGUUGGCUCCAUAACAGGAAACACCAACACAUUGGCUGGAAAUGUGCCUCCAAAGGCUAAUCUUGGAGAUCUGAGAGGUCUUGUCGGUGGCUUAAAUGGGCUGAACAGCUCGCCGAUGAUAGAUGGUGGAGAAUUUGAUGGUGCCAAAGCCUACAAAGACAGUAAAGUCUGCAACAUGCUCACGAUGCAAGAAUUUCACAGGCGGUACCAUGAGGAGACAGGAGUGGCCUUUGCUUCUCUCUACCCUGGUUGUAUUGCAGAAACUGGGUUGUUCAGAGAGCACAUUCCCUUGUUCAGGCUUCUAUUCCCACCAUUCCAAAAGUACAUUACAAAAGGAUAUGUUUCAGAAGAAGUAGCUGGGAAAAGACUAGCGCAGGUUGUGAGUGAUCCAAGCCUUGGGAAAUCAGGUGUUUACUGGAGCUGGAAUCAGUACUCAUCUUCAUUUGAAAACCAGCUAUCAGAAGAAGCCAGUGAUACAGAGAAGGCUAAAAAGCUAUGGGAGAUAAGUGAGAAGCUAGUAGGGUUGGCAUAACUGAGCACUGCAAAAUAAUUAGGCAGUGCAGAAUGCACUGAGAGGUACUAUGAACAUCUGGUCCAGAAUGGGUUUUCGCUAGCAUGUUUCCUGUUCAAGUAAAUGCAGAUAUUCUUUGUGAAUGAGAAUGAGAUGAUAAAAUACAUGGAUAUCUACACUAAAAUGGUCUGCAUGUAAAAUUUACGCUUCAUUUAGUUGCAAAUUCCAUGUUUCCUGAA